UUUAUAACAGUACUGAUAGAUCAGCUCGUUCUCUACCGCCCAGUUUAUUGCGCUGAUCAAGUUUUUGACAGUCAAAGAGAGGGGGCAGAGACAGAGAGAGAGAGAGAGAGAGAGAGCUGUGAAUGGUGAAGUAGCAGGGGAGGGCAGGCAGAGAAAAGGCGAGAGAGAAAGCGGCUGGCCUUUGUAGUCGGCCGAGGAAUGCGGAAACGUCCCUGCUCUGUGUCAAACUCCUCCGGAGGGGGUCGAGGCAACAUUCAGCCCAGCGUGGGAAAGCGACGGGCAGAGCAAGCUCACCGAGCAGCCCAGCGCACCACACUCUCUCCGCUUAGAUGGGAAAAACGCGUAGUGGGGGGAAAACUGACGGACGGUAGCCUAGCCGAGCUGAGGAUAUAAGCAGAUCUCCUUGCACGCUCACUGAGGGCUUGGGGAAAGAAAAGAAAAAGCAAGUCGCUGCGUUGAGCUGAGUGUGCCGGAGUGGCGCAGGCGCUGGCGCAGGGAGGAUGGGGGUUAAAGCGCUGCAGCCGCCGACUACCUGUGUGGCCUCGCUAGGACACUCCGGGAUGUAGAAGGGGGCGAGAGAAUAAAAAAAACCCCUCUGCUGCUACUUCUUUCUCGCAGUUUUUUUCUUUUAAUAAACGCAAACGACUGUAGCGUGAUUUACAUUUCAGUCCGAAACUAAAAAGGGGCAACGCACGUGCAGAAGCAGCGCUGACUCUCCCGGUCAUGGCUUCGUGAAAGAGCCACGCCGGGCACGUUUUCGGGAUUCCCCGGGGUAGGGCUGCAUCCAAGCACAAAGACACCCGUGCCAGAAAGACAAGUAGAUAGAAAUAAAUGAUGGAAAAAGAAGGUCUAAACCAGCAGUAUGAGCCCGUGGCGGAGAUCGGCGAGGGCGCGUACGGGAAGGUGUACAAGGCGCGCGACCUGAAGAACGGACGCUUCGUGGCGCUGAAAAGGGUGCGCGUGCAAACCGAAGAAGAGGGCAUGCCACUGUCCACUAUCCGCGAGGUGGCAGUACUGAGGCAGCUCGAGUCAUUCGAGCACCCCAACGUGGUCAGGUUGUUCGAUGUCUGUACAGUUUCUAGAACUGAUCGGGAGACCAAACUGACUCUGGUCUUUGAGCAUGUGGACCAAGACUUGACCACAUACCUAGAAAAAGCGCCUGAUCCGGGAGUGCCACCUGAAACCAUAAAGGAUAUGAUGUACCAGCUGCUGCAGGGGUUAGACUUCCUCCAUUCACACCGUGUGGUUCACAGAGAUCUGAAGCCUCAGAAUAUUCUGGUCACCAGUGGAGGUCAGAUCAAACUGGCAGACUUUGGCCUGGCACGCAUAUACAGUUUUCAGAUGGCGCUUACAUCAGUGGUGGUCACUCUUUGGUAUCGAGCUCCAGAAGUGCUCCUGCAGUCGAGCUAUGCAACCCCAGUGGAUCUGUGGAGCGUGGGCUGCAUCUUUGCCGAGAUGUUCCGAAGAAGACCGCUUUUCCGUGGGAAUUCUGAUGUCGACCAGUUGGGCAAGAUUUUUGAUGUGGUUGGAGUCCCUGCUCCUGAAGACUGGCCCCAGGAAGUGGGUUUGUCUCAGAGUGCCUUCCCCCCUCGCUCCCCUCAGCCUAUAGAAGACCUGGUGCCUGAUAUGGAAGAGCUUGGAAGAUCACUUCUACUUAAAUUUCUGUCAUUCAACCCUGGCAGACGGAUAUCGGCUUAUGAUGCCCUGUCUCACCCGUACUUUCACAGCCUAGACAGCACCAGCAAGAGUCUCUAUGCGCAACCCUUCCCGAGCAAAAAGCCCUCCCUGGAGGAGAGAGCUGCUUGAAAAAUUUCCUUUUUUAUAGACUUACUGUCACAAGCUCCCCUUUUUGAUCUUGUCUUCCACUGCCACAUUAUAUGCUGCUUUUAGGCCUUGUUGCAGUAUUACCACAAUUUUUGGUUGAUGUAUUUUCACUGCAGCUGGUGAUAUCACUGCCUGGGACAAUUUACAAAAAACAAACAUCAAAAAGCUGCUUUCCUGCCUGCCUGUCUUCCUUAGCAGGAACUCCCUCUGCUCAGAGGAAACUCCACUGCCAGAUAUCUGAUACAGCGGCUGCUACACCAUGUUGCCAGGGAUCACUGUGUCUUGACGAUCAUCAGAAAAAUAAAACUGCCAGGACUUCUUAGCUGCCUAAAUCACACUUCUCUAAAUCAGCAAUUUCACUGCCUGUGACUGACCCAAACUUGUAUCCUAAAAAAAACCCUUAGAGUUGUCACUGCUAAUGUGGGUCUGUUGAACAGAGCCACAGUCUAGAAGAUGAAAUUGCACACGUACACUGUUUUGUGCCUGCUCUGAGACUGCUCAGAGUUAUGGGUCAAAGCAUUUAGGUAAAUUAUCUGUCAGUAUAUCCCCCAAGGCUGGUCUUUGUGGACCUUGACAGCAUUGGAAAAACAUUUCAAUUUGUGCCUUACAGACAAGGAGAAAUCAUAUGGCUAAGGUGUAAACCCUCACUACUGUCGAGGUCUUAUUCACGCUUUAUUAAGCCAGGAGACAUGGUUUUCUGGACACAAUCUAAGUCUGGUUUAUGCUUCAUCAUAAGUGUUCUAUAGAACUUCUGAAACCUGAAUAAGGAAAAGUAAACAGUAAGUAGUGAUGACAUUGAUAAAGGCACUGAAGUUCUUGAUAUGAAGCUCUGAUCUGUGUAAGGUAAUGAAUCACAGCCAUGUUGGGCAGUAUAUUUUAUUCAUUAUCAUCUCAAUCGAGACGUCCUAUAUUGGUUUAAAUGCAAAUGUUUUUUGUGCAUUUCCACCUUGCGCCCAGUGUUCCCAGUGUUCCAACCAUGACCAGGAUAAAUGAAUGAAUCGUUUUCAUAGGUCAGCUGAUAUUGUUCAAAAUAGAUUUUAUAAAAGCAUCAUCAAGAAAAUCAAACAUUUUGACUGUUGGCAUUUGUGUGCUUGGCUAAAAUAGCUGAAAUCUUGACAAGCUACUGGGAAAUGUAGUUAACUAAUAACUAAUACAACCCAACUUUGUGUCUUAGACCACCUUCAGACUGGACCAUCUUCAAAAAUCUUGUCACAGAGUCAAAGCUGCCACCAGUUCCCAUGGCAUCCCUACUGCUAGCCAAUAGAAGCACAACUGGGUGGCCCAUUUGGACAUUAGGUUUUAAAGAUCAACUUUUCCAAAUUUUGUCGCGCCCCUCUCUCGUCUCUGGAUUGCUUUUAUGACCCCUGGAAAGAAGCAUAAACCAGUCUUGACCAGUGUAAUUUAGUGUCUGGAAACCUGGCUCUUAUGACUUAAGAAUAUAGCAACACAUUUUAGGCUAUAUCUACACAGACUGUUCUUUCUACACUGUUCAGUACAUUAUUAUUUUUUUUUAAAUAUCAGUGUUGGUUGCUGAUGAAUUAUUGUGGUUAAGUCUUAAUUUUAGUUGACUUGAAGGUGUAGGGUAUGUUUGACUUGUAUAUUAUACAGUAUGUACACACCCUGAUGUGUAAAUGGAGUAGUACACUCCUUGUGUAGUUAGUGGGCUUACCCUGACUGGGUAGCAUUUUACAGAUAAAAGGACUUGUUAUAAUGUAAGAACAGAAGUAACUGGCAGGUUCGAGAAAUAAUUGUAGUGCAGUAAUGCUUGAGCAAGUAGAAAAUGUUUAGCAUUAGAGACAAUGAAUGAGGUGUCAAAGGUUCGUUUUGAGAGAUUAAGUUAUGUUAUAACUGUGUUUUUGCAGAAAUUCAGGACAUUCAGUUUGAACUUCCAUUCGAUCCUUCCAUUUUCCAAUUCACUCAAGUCUGGAUUGUUGAUAGCCAAGUAGAUGAGAGACGUAUCCAGCUUUUGGUCUGGACGAGUUAGAGGAAGGAAAAGAAGAAGGAAGAAUGCUGCUUUAGAAAUUUAGGAUGUGGCCCAGGAGCCUGGUCCAAGAUGAGGCUAAACAGAGGAGAACAACACCCAGAUGCCAUGCCGUAAGCUUUUACUCACAGGUUCAUCCAGAUAAGCACUGGUGCUUCCUUCAUACACUCAGGAUCUCAGUAGACUCAAUGGUUCAUACUUAUUAGAUAGCUCUGGCUUUACAGUUGAUCUGUGAUGGACUUUUUUUUUCUCCUUUCAUAGUAAAGAAUAAUAUCUGAUAAAUAUAACUCACUCUGCCACACACACUCAGGACUAUUUAUGGUUUUAUGCAUAGAUUCAACAGGUUUAAUAUCUGUUUCAGUUUAAUCAUUGUUUUAACAUUAGUGCAUAAUAAAUUAAAUCUGCAAACUAGUCACUGUAUUAAUUCCACAAUAGCAUAGUACAGUAAAUGUUGCUGUCAGGCUAUUUAUGGUUAUAUUUACAUACAUGUUCAUCGGAUUACUGGUAUCAUCAGACAUUUUAACAAUUAACACUGUUACAGUCUGGACUUUUAUAUUUAUGAAAGUUUGCUAAUAUUAAUGUCUUAUAGUCUAAGAUAAUGAGACUUGGGUUUUAAUCAUGAAGACAUGUCACCAUGCAACAUAAUAAACACAGUCCAGCAUGGUGAGGAAUUCCCAGAGUUGUAUGUUAAUUAAACAAAUUAACCACUUAGAUGAAGAGGAGCACAAAUUCCUCAGGAGAGGACCCAGCUGUCUAUCUACACCUGAAGGACAGGCAACAAUGUUAAUCUGCAGUACCACCGAUUUGCAGUGCUGAUGUUACAUGUUUACUGCAACAGUUUCACAUCAAAUUCACACUUACAGAUCCAAGUGUUACCCCUGUCUCAUGAUACCCAGGUGUUAGGUAGUGGGAAAUUUCUAACUGUUCAGCAGAGCUGAUGAAGUCUUCAUGAUUGAAAUGCAAGUCCGUAGAGGAUUACAAGACAUUCAGGACAUGUAUAUGUGUGGUGGUUUGGGAAAAACCUUGUCAGAUAUUGCAGUGGCUGAACCUAAAAAUCAGCCAAAACCAAACAAAAAAAAUGUUUCGACCAAAAUUGGUUUUAUUUGGCCUGUAACAGACCUUUAAGAAAUCAUAAGUAUAUAUAAAGCGCCAGACACCUGCCUGAGUUUGAUUUCCUUUGACAGUGAAUGUCAUGUUGAAUAGUUGCAUGCUGUAGUAAAAUACGUUUCAGGAUACAAUCCUUCCAGUUUGUAAUCAUAUACUGACUGUCAAAAUGUCCGUAAUGCUCCUGAAUUGCCGUGAACCUCUAUGGACAAUGGAAUGGUAACGACAAGGGUUUUCCCAAUCCCUCAUACAUAAGGAUUUAUAAUAAUACAUGGAGGAAGGUUGCUGUUGCUUCUGACACUUUACUGCUAACAUUCCUUCCAUUUUUUUGUGUUGUUAAAAUCUCUUCUUCUCUUUUGGGCAGUUCCUCAACACAACUGUCUGUAUAGACACCGCAUGUUCUUUCCCUACCCCAAAAAUAAGGAGCAACUGAGGAUAUUCUUCUUCUUUUUUAGUGGGCAUUAGAUAUCAAAAUGUACGGAUAUUUAGACAAGAAAGUGCUUUGAAUUGUACUCGUUUGAUUACAGAUUUCAUUGAGCACUAAGCCUUUUCUCUCUCACACACACAUAUAAAGAUGGUUUGGAAUUAAAACUGAGUUUAUAAAUAAAACUUUGGAAUGUAAAAAUUUUUAGGAUAGUAACUAAAUUUAAAUGUUGGCGUGACAUGUUGACACGAAUUGCACCUUGAAAAUCAUUUACACAUUUUUGUGAAACAUUAUAAAAGCUUUCUAACAAAGCGUCAUUUACUUGUCUCAUUCGCUAUGAAUAUUAUUACACGAGGGCGUCGUAAUCAAUAAAUUUGAACUAUUUCUCUUUUGUUUGUAAUCGUUUGCUUUAAUUGGAAAUUGAAAAUAUAAUCAGUUGAAUUUUAUUUAAUCAGUUAUCAGUGAUUUGUUGUUUAUUUUUAUUUUAUUUUAUUGCAUUUGCUGGAUAUUGGUACUUUGCAUUUGUUUUUAUUUCUUAUCUUCCUUCUAUUUUUUGCCUCCACUUUAUUAUUAUUAUUAUUUUUAUUUUUAUUAUUUUUUUUUAUUUAUUGGCAUUUUAAUAGAAAUACAUUAAGAUUGUUGUGUGAGAAUGAAACCUCUCUAUUUAGCUGGUGGUGCAUUGACGGUGCUAUGAUAUAAGAAUUUCUUAAACUUGAAAUGGAAUCACUAUCAACACGGGGGUAAAUUUUGUUUAUUGAAAAGCAACAAUGAGCAUUCAAGAUUUCAGUAUUUCUUUUCCGUUUCUUUUAUAACAGACAUUUCCCAUAGAAGCAGUUAGUGUUAUAUAAAUUAGACUUGAAAUAGUUUCUAAUACAAGGUAAUACUGCUGAUACAUAAUUUGCCUUAAAUUCUAAAUAUAAGCAUCCUGUGCGGAUCAAAUCUGUACUUCUACUGAAUUUCACAAAUUUUCUGAAAAUGGAAUAACUACCUUGCUUAAAGAUGAAUUCAGCACUAUCAUGAAUUAUUAUAUCUAUUUUAUUUUAUUUUUUAUUUUUUUCAUUUCCGUGUCCACCACACAUAUGGACUUCAUUGUACGUUGCAUUUCACUGGAAAAUUAAUUAGUAUUUCAAGUUAUUUGUAAUUUUUCUUUUGUUGUUGUUUCUUAGAUUUUCCAAGUCUUUAACCGAAUAACAUAAAUAGGCUGUUUUGUUUUUUUGUUUUGUUUUUUUUUGCAUUAACAUUAUACUUUGUGGCUCUGUGUAAUCUUUACCUAAUUGAUCAUUCUGAUAUUUACUGAUUUGUUUUGUUGCUUCCUUUUUCUGCCUAGCAGCUUUUAAACCAUACACAGUAACCAAAAGUAGGUUUUGUUCGUUGAUGUGUUUUUGUCAGCAGAUGUUUGUUCUGAAAGCUGGUGUGAUCUAGAUUGUUUGUUUCUGUAACUGUGGUUGGCGCUUACCAGUUCCUGAAAUGGUACUCAUAACACAUGUGGUUUCUAACGUGCAUAGAAGCAUUGAAUUGUUACAGAUUUUCACUUUAUUUGUUGGCCCUUGUUUUACUGUAUGGAAGACAUCACUUGUAUUAUUCAUUAUUAACUUUCAUUUUUGAGAAACUGAGAUAUUUGGCAGCUUUUCACGAGACCUCAAAUGACAAAUGAAUAUCAUUAACAACAAUAACAAUAACGACCCCAAUAACAACAGCUACAGCAGAUUUCGGGCUAACAGUUCCGAUUAUAAACCAAUUUUAUGAACCAGAAAACGCUACUGUUAGUGGAUUUUGACAUUUUUAUUUCAGCUUUUGUUUACUUUAACAAUGGAUCUGAAUCACAAAAACAAAGAAGAAGCUUCGAAUAUUCCCAAGAUUUUCCCUAAACCAAAUUAAAGUGAACGUCUCAUUCCUGGUCAUGGCACCGCACCAUUUUUAUUUGAUCUCACUUUUUAUCCCUUGCUUUCUUGCGUAAAUUAUUUAUGGGCAAGAGUUUGUAUUUGUUUCAUUGUUUGUUUGCUGCUAAUUUUUUCACAGCUUGGCUCAAAUACAUGAUGAAAGAAAAAAAAGAGAAAAGACCCAGCAAAAUUUGAUGCCAUUGAUAAAUAAAGCUGCUUGUGCUCAUGUGUUGCAUGUGUAACUGGCUGACAUUAUUUUUGUUUUUGUUUUAUCUUUUUGUCUAAAUAAAUAUUUUAAAAUGA